GCUCCCAGCCCCUGGGAGAGCCAGGCUGAGCCUUAUAAAGGGACCGAUCCUGGCCCAGGUGCACAUCUCCCGCAUCCUUCUCCUCAGUGACGCCUCCUCAGCUCUGGUUUUUUGAAAGCCAAGAUGAGCAAAACUGAAGCUGAGGCGUCUGUGAUUGGCAUAAUCGAGCUGUUUCACAAAUACACCGGACGUGAUGACAUGAUUGACAAGCCAGGCCUGUUGAAGAUGCUGCAGGACAAUUUCCCCAACUUCCUUGCUGCCUGUGACAAAAAGGGCACAGAUUACUUGGCCAAUGUCUUUGAGAAGAAGGACAAGAAUAGAGACAAGAAGAUUGACUUUUCCGAGUUUCUCUCUUUGCUGGGGGACAUAGCCACAGACUACCACAAACAGAGCCAUGGAGCACCAGCCUGUUCUGAAGGAGACCAGUGAGCUAAUUCAGCCAGAGGUCUCCAGAGACCGCAAGAAACAAUAAAGUGUCUUUUCUCACCAAAAA